UAUGACUUAUAAUAUUCUUUUUUGCAUAUAUUGUUUAUCAACAAAUCGUUUGAAAAAUUAUCGUCGAUAAUACGGAUAGUUAUUAGAAAAAAUCACCAGAAAUAUACUUUAUUAAUUUAUAAGCAUGAUAAAAUUUAGUAGUUUACUCAGUGAAAAAAAGCUUUGAUCAAAAUAGUCAGUAAAAACUUUAAACAAGAAGGCCCGUCGACUGAGAUCUCCUCCGCCGUACUCCGGUCGUCUCCUGUUUUCCGGUCAUCCAGCAGACAUUCUCAAUUUCUUUUUAUCACAAAUUACUCAGAAUUAAAGUAUAACAAAUCGAGCAAUUGAGCCCUAAAUCAAAUCAACAUUCUCAAUUUACUCCCCUGUUGUCAUGAGUUCUUCGGCAGGUCCGAACGUGUUUGCAGGAUUUACAAAGCUUUGUAAAGGCCUAGUGUUUGUUCUUGUUUGUGUACACGUUUCUGUUCAGAUCUUCCCUACAUCCCUUACCUAUGUUGCACUCAUUCCUGCCAGGACAAUUCCUUUCGGUUGGAAUCUCUUAACAGCUGGUUAUAUUGAACAAAGCAUACACGGGAUUCUUAUUAGCACAAUCGGUCUUCUUUUCAUUGGAAAGCUCCUUGAACCCAUCUGGGGUUCUAGAGAGUUCUUGAUAUUCAUCUUCGUUGUCAAUCUCUUGACUUCUCUGUGUCUAUUCAUCAUGGCGAUCUCCUUGUAUUACAUAACAAUGGAGGAAAAUUAUCUUUACAUGCCUAUUUCUGGAUUUGGUGGGGCCCUUUCAGGUCUGUUAGUUGGUGUCAAACAGAUAGUUCCUGACCAAGAAUUCUCUCCAUUGAGAAUUAAAGCAAAGUGGUUGCCAUCUUUGGUGUUAUUUGUGUCCAUUGUUAUGAGCUUCAUUACAGAAGAGCCAGCAGAAACAUGUUUUCCAAUCUUGAUAUUUGGCACGUAUAUUGGUUGGAUCUACCUCAGAUACUUUCAAAGAAAACAAGAAACCAAAAUCAAGGGUGACCCUAGUGAUGAAUUUGCUUUUUCUACUUUCUUUCCUGAAUUUUUAAGACCUUUGAUUGAUCCCAUUGCUUCAGCUUUUCAUCACAUGAUGUGUGGAAGGUCUGAAAGUUCCAUUGAGACAAGGGGGUAUACAGUAGGUAGUGCUGCAUUACCUGGUUCUGACUCCAUUGAGGCAUCUAGAAGAAGGGAAAGGGGUGCAAGAGCAUUGGAAGAAAGAUUGGCUUCUGACAGAUUUGCAGCUAAAGGAAGGACAAUAGAGCCCAAAAGAGAUGGAAGUGAAAAGGUUUAAAGAUAAAAAAAUGGGAAAUUUCUCAAUAUGCAAGUAUAUUAGGUCUUAGAUCCUUAUGAUUCUUUUGUUUUUUGGGUGGGACGAAAAGUUAAAUAUUUUCUCUCAUUCGCAUUAGUUUUAGUUGGAGUCAGUUGCAUGUCAAACACAGUACAAACUGUUAUGAUAUGAUCUGCAUGUCAAACACAGUACAAACUUUUAUGAUAUGAUCUGUCUUAGUUACGCAACAAAGUGGCUAUGAGAUGUCUUGUUAGUUAUGUCAUAAA